CCCAUUCCGCAGUAGAGAGAAGGAGACAAGGAUCCAAGAAGAGCAGAGAAGCACAGGCGCCGGCGGCGAUGGCGUGGCGGUCGAGCCUGUCCCGGAGCGUGAAGGAGAUCCGCUUCCUCUUCUGCCAGACUUCCCCGGCCAGCGGCCCCGCCCGGGAGUUCGUGAAGAAGAACUACGGGGACAUCAAGACCCACAACCCCGCUCUCCCCAUCCUCAUCCGCGAGUGCUCCGGCGUCCAGCCUCAGCUGUGGGCGCGUUACGAUAUGGGUGUGGAGAGGUGUGUGCACUUGGAUGGCUUGACGGAAGCCCAGAUUGACAAGAAGUUGGAGGAGCUGGCCAAGCAGGGAGCGCAUAAGGCUAAAUAGGCUAGCCAAGUUUCUUGUGUUGAAUCUUCCCAAAUAAGAGAAAUGAUAACAUGAGAUAUUGUGUUGACCUGAUUUCAGUACCAUGAUUGUAACUGUUUUUCCUCUCAUUCCUCAAGGGCUGUAUUUCAUCUGAAAAGUUAAGUUCUAAAAAAACAUACUGCUCUUACCUUGUA